CAGAUUUCAACAAUAUCAUGAGCAGCACAGGAGCCGCCACCACACCAUCCCCGACACCGUCGGCUACCAGUGGACCGUUGCCGACCACGUUGCUUGUGAUCGGUAUGGCAGGAAGUGGGAAGACGACGUUCAUGCAUCGACUUGCUGCCCAUGCUGCGGAGAAGCAAAAGGAAAGCCGACAGUACGUUGUGAAUUUGGACCCGGCCGUGAAAACGAUUCCGUACGGCGCCCACAUUGACAUUCGCGACACGGUGGACUACAAGCAAGUGAUGUCCGAGUACGGAUUGGGUCCCAACGGAGCAAUCAUGACGUCCCUGAACCUGUUCGCCACGCGAUUCGACCAGGUCGUGGAACUCAUUCAAAAGCGGGCUGCUACAUUGGACCACGUCAUCGUCGACACGCCUGGGCAAAUUGAAGCGUUCACAUGGUCUGCGUCGGGUGCCAUCAUCACAGAGUCCCUCGCCACGACGUUUCCCACCGUGGUCGUGUACGUCGUCGACACCCCGCGGACGGUCAACCCCAACACGUUCAUGUCCAACAUGCUGUACGCUUGCAGUAUCUUGUACAAGGUGAAACUUCCGUUCAUUGUCGUAUUCAACAAGACCGACGUGGUGACGCACGACUUUGCCGUGGAAUGGAUGACCGACUUUGAGGCAUUCCAGGCGGCGCUGGACGCAUCCCAAGAAGACAGCUAUAUGAACACGCUGUCACGGUCGCUCAGUCUUGUGCUGGAGGAAUUCUACAACAACUUGCGCCAUGUGGGGGUGUCGGCGGCGACGGGCGCCGGCAUCGACGAGUUUUACAAGGUGGUGGAAGCCGCCACGGCCGAGUACUAUGACGAGUACUUGCCGGAUCUUGAGUUCCGCAUCGAGCAGCAAAAGCAAAAGAAGGACAAGCAUCAAGUGACCAACAUGUCCAAGGUCCUAGACGACAUGCACGUGGCCGACGACAAGGCGACGCCGCCCCCUCCAGCCCCCGCCACGCCCACACACAUACAAGGCGAGCGAACGGAAUUGUAAUAUCGUGUUAAAUACUAGUACACUGCUUAGUAUGUCAUAGUUACAUGUCGUUG